UUCCGGUGUCAUGGACGGCUCCUUCGCUGAAGGCGAUCCUGCUGCUCUCUGCGGGAAGAGGCGGCAGUUCGGGAGCCGGUUUCUGAGCGACCCCGCUCGCGUCUUUCACCACAAUGCCUGGGACAACGUGGAGUGGUCGGAGGAGCAGGCCGCGGAGGCAGAGAGGAAAGUCCAGGAGAACAGCACUCAGCGGGUGUGCCAGGAGAAGCAAGUUGAUUAUGAGAUCAAUGCCGACAAAUACUGGAACGACUUCUACAAAAUCCAUGAAAAUGGGUUUUUCAAGGAUAGACAUUGGCUUUUUACUGAAUUCCCAGAGCUGGCACCUAGCCAAAAUCACUUGAAGAGUUUGCUCUCAGAGAAUAAGAGGAGUGAAGUAUAUGAAUACUGUAGAAGUGGUGAGGAUGGAUCUGAUUUAAUAAUGGAAGAACAGCACAGUUGUUCUUCUGUUAGCCUUGAAGAUAAGACACAGCCACCUCUUAUGGAAGAGAGUGUAACUCAGAAACUCCGUCACCUGGAAGUCUGUGCUAAUGAGUUUCCUGGAUCCUCAGCAACCUACCGAAUACUCGAGGUUGGUUGUGGUGUGGGAAACACAGUCUUCCCAAUUCUACAAACUAACAAUGAUCCAAGCCUCUUUGUUUACUGCUGUGAUUUUUCUUCCACAGCUGUAGAACUUGUCAAGACAAAUUCAGCAUAUGACCCUUCUCGGUGUUUUGCCUUUGUUCAUGAUCUGUGUGAUGAAGAUAAGAGUUACCCAAUGCCUGAGAAUAGUCUUGAUGUUAUCAUCCUUAUAUUUGUUCUCUCAGCAAUCAUUCCAGACAAAACAUGGGUUUUAGAGCACAGACUGAGUAGUUGUGGUGCGUGGGCUUGGAUGCUUCACGGCAUGUGGACCUUCCCGAACCAGGGAUCAAACCCAUGUCUCGUGCACUGGCAGGCGGAUUCUUCACUGCUGACCCACCAAGGAAGCCACCGAGUUUUAAACUGACAUGGACUGAAACAAAACAUUAAAAUUAAAAACAUUAUUCAAAAUAAAUUCAUUAUUCAGUAUUUAAAUAGACUUUCAUGUGGUUUUUGUAAGUUCAAAGCAUUUAUACUUUUUCAGUAGUUAAAGCUGAAACCUACACUGAGACACUAUAUAUGGAAAAUGCAGUCAGAAGUGUAGAACACUCUGCCCAGAGUACUCAUUUGCAUACAGAUUGUGUCACCUGGUAAAGUUCUUGAGAUUCAGUCCUCAUGUAACAGGUGGAAAGAGACAGGCUGCAUUCAGAGAUCGUGGGCCUCGUGGGCAGGUAGGGUGGGUUAACUAGCAGUCCCCUCGCUGGGUGGUCAGGAGUCCUCUCAGAGAUCCAUGGGAGCCCAGUGUGGGGAUGGCUUCCCCCUGAGGAGUGGGAAGUGAGCCAGGCAGACAGCAUGUAGCUUCCGCCAGGGUGGAUCCCUACUCAGGAGCAGGCCUCUUCAUGCUGAAGGCAGUGGAUAGAAGCCAUGGUUGUAAGCAAACAGCAGAAGGUACAUCAAAGGUUUGGGCAUGAGCUCAGGUUAUAACUGAAACAAGAGCAUAGGAGCUAAGAUUUCAGGGGUGAUGUAUCAGCGUUAGGAAGUCCACUGGCUUUUCCGAAUACAAUACAGAGACAAGGGACCUGUUCUUUUUUGUGAGGGGUGUUAGGAGGGGACUCUGUUCUUAAAGAGAUCUGAUCUUCGUUCCCUGCUGCCCUUCAGGAUGCAGAAUGCUAUCAACAGGCUGAGCAGGCUUCUGAAGCCCGGGGGGAUAAUGCUUCUGCGAGAUUAUGGUCGCUACGACAUGGCUCAGCUU